UUACCAUUCAAAAUAUGGAUAAACUACAAAACAUAGAGAUGCCAGCAGAAUAAACAAUAAGCAGGAAACAAAAAUAUUGGCUCAGUAAAUAUGGCGGAUUCAGUAACAAUUUCACUACUCUCCACUGUUCCAGUUCCAAAUCCAGUACUGUCAACAAAAUCUGGAGAAUCUCAACUCAAAUAUAAUGUUCUUUUUCGAGGAAACCCAUGUUCUAUUUCUUUGAUAAUUGGUACAAAAUGUAGUGUAAUGAGGUCAUCAACAAGAUUGUAUGCAGGGUUGACGGAAAUAGAACCAGACAUUAAUGAAGAUCCUGUUGAUAGAUGGAGAACUAAUGGCAUUGAAAUUGAAGAUUUUGUGUUUGGAAAGUACGAUGAUCAUCACACCUAUUUUGAGAGUGAAGAUAAAGCUACAUUUUGGGAAUCCAUAAAAGAAGAUUAUGCUGCUGUUGCACCACCAACAGGAUUUCAAGGUAUUAUUUCAUGGCUAUUCCUACCAGCAAUUGCUGCUGGAAUGUACUUCAAUGUUCCAGGGGAGUACUUAUAUAUCGGAGCAGCAGUGUUUACAAUUGUGUUUUGCAUUAUUGAGAUGGACAAACCAAGUGAAGCUCACAAUUUUGAGCCUCAGAUAUAUAACAUGGAACGAGGAGCUCGAGACAAGUUGAUAUCGGAUUAUAACACAAUGGAUAUUUGGGAAUUCAAUGAGAAAUAUGGCGAUAUCUGGGAUUUCACUGUUAAGAUUCAGAAGGACGAUAUCAUGAAAAGAUAAAAGUAAAAUGAAACAAAUAGUGUUUUGAUUCAUCGACCUAAUUGUAUAAUCAAGGUAUAUAUGAUUUCGCUCA